AUGGCAAUUACACUUGUACUUGCUAUUAUUUGGGAUGGAAAGAUAUAUUUAUGGGAAAGCAUUGUCUUGGUUUUAUUCUAUAUUACAUAUGUCAGUGUGGUGGUAGUUGGUAAUUGGUGGGCGAAAGGACUGAAAAGAAGAAAAUGGCAAGAGCAAAAGGCCAGAGACGAAUAUAACCCAACUCUUGGAGUUAAUGCUGAAAAUCCAGAAAUUCCGGUCGAAGACGAUUAUGGUAGCCAGGAUGCGUAUGGCUACGAGUCAUAUGAUGAAACGGAUCUUUUAUUACCAGAAGUGGAACGCCGUGACCGUACAACUCCAAUUUCCAUGUCAAACAUAUCCCGACGUGAAGCAUCAGAGCAUUCAUUUUUAUCCGCCGGUGAAACAGUUGACCAAGCUAUGCAUUUCCAUAAACACAAAAGACCAGCGCUUCGUGGCACGAGACCUUCAUUCUUUGGAGCAAUCGAGUUCCGAGACGUGGUGAAUUCGCUCAAAUUGGAUAGUAACUCUAGACCCUUUGGUGCAUUUGGGAGAAGUUACACGUCUGAUUUUUAUACACGCAGUAGGACACUUCCGUAUAAUAAUAGAUUUAAUAAUGGUGAAGUGCGUAGAAGGUCUUGGGCUAGUUACAGUGGAACAACAGAAAGUCAUAAUCCGAUUACUAGUGAUGUGACAUUGAACACUUCUAGUCGACUUUCCAAUGAUUCUCGUCCCCCAUCAAUUUCGAAUAUGACCAACUAUAGUCAAGAAUCAAAUUCUGAUCAAAUACAACCAGACACUCCGAGGCCCCUGCAUCUCACGAUAGUUCCACCAACACCACUGUCCACAUCAUCUCUAUCCCCUGUUCAAUUAUAUGGUUCACCAUUAAGCAUGUCUCCUCGAGAUGAAAAUUUUCAAACGUCACCAUUUAACAGCACUUAUCAAAUGUCAAAUGACCUUGCAAGUUUAUCACCCAAAGUUUCACCAGUAUUAUCACCGGUGUUACAACAAUCAAAGUCAUUAAUAUCAUUGCGGGAUAAUAUCACGGCAUUAAUGGCUUUCCCGGCAUUUCUUCUGCUCACACUUACCCUUCCUGUUGUAAGUGUAGAUGACUGUUCAACGGGUGAUGAUGAGAUUAAUCCGAUCGAGAACCAAUCACACCAUCAUUUAGAACCACCUACGAUC